ACAUGCGCCGGUUCGAGUAUCAAUGCGUAUAUAAUUCUUGGAUUCCAGAUUGUCACCGCCACUCCAUGGUUUCUCUUAUUCUUUACUUCAUGUCAUUUACACCUCUUAGCCUAUUCUCCAACCUAUCAACAUGAAGUAUCUGGUUCUUGUUCUUACAGUGACAUGGAUGUCAGCAGCCCUCCCGGCUCCUGUCUACAUGGUAGCCCGUGCUCCCCCCAAUGUUCCUUCAACCGCCGACGCAGAGUCUGCCCUCGCUGCACUUAUAGUUCAGCCACAGGGCUCGCAAGAUGGUUACUCUCGAGACUUGUUCCCGCACUGGAUCUCUCAGACCAGAACCUGCAACACACGCGAGGUGGUGUUGAAACGAGACGGUUUAAAUGUAACCCAGAGCGCCUCGUGCGCAGCAGUAUCAGGAAUUUGGCAAUCGCCGUUUGAUGGCGCCACCUGGGAUACCGCUAGCCGCAUAGACAUUGACCAUUUGGUUCCUCUGUCUAAUGCCUGGAAGUCUGGCGCCUCAUCGUGGACAACGGCCGAACGCCAAGCUUUUGCUAACGACCUGAUGAAUCCACAACUCGUCGCUAUCACAGACAGCGUGAACCGGGCCAAAGGUGAUAAGGGCCCUGAGAGGUGGAAGCCUCCGCUCACUUCUUACUACUGCACCUAUUCGAGAAUGUGGGUCAAGGUCAAAAGUGUCUAUUCGCUGUCUAUCACAAGCGCAGAGAAAGCAGCACUAGAUAGCAUGUUACGCACUUGCUAA